UCCUGUUUCGUCUAGAUUUCUCAGCAAUCCUUGAAGAGUAGACCUCUCAGUCAAAUUUCUAUUUAAAGUCACAGUUUCAAAGUGAAGCAGUAGAAAGCGAACACUUGCAUUAUUUCUUCUUGCCAACGAAAUUGUUAAAAAUCGAAGGACCUUUCAAACCUUUUCUUUUUGGCAUUUUUUUUUACUUUAAAGGAGUCCAUUCUGCAAGUCAAACUGUGCGCCCUAACAGACUGUCACAACAGUCUUUGGGCACAGCACUUGGAUUUAGAAAGAAGGAUUCUCUCCUUUUUCACUGCAAGAAGCGGCUCUUCAUUUUUUUCGCAUGAAUCUCCUCGACCCCUACCUGAAGAUGACAGAAGAACAGGAGAAGUGUCACUCUGACGCUCCCAGCCCCAGCAUGUCUGAGGACUCCGCAGGUUCUCCGUGCCCGUCCGGGUCUGGUUCGGACACUGAGAAUACACGACCCUCCGACAACCAUCUCCUUCUGGGUCCAGAUUACAAGAAGGAGGGCGAAGAAGAAAAGUUUCCCGUGUGUAUCAGAGAUGCGGUGUCCCAGGUGUUGAAGGGUUACGACUGGACACUAGUGCCCAUGCCGGUGCGCGUCAACGGCUCCAGUAAAAGUAAACCUCACGUCAAAAGACCCAUGAACGCAUUCAUGGUCUGGGCUCAGGCUGCAAGGAGGAAGCUGGCUGAUCAAUACCCGCAUCUGCACAACGCGGAACUCAGCAAAACCCUGGGCAAACUUUGGAGACUGCUCAACGAAGUAGAGAAGCGCCCGUUUGUGGAAGAGGCUGAGCGUUUGAGGGUGCAACAUAAGAAAGACCAUCCCGACUACAAAUACCAGCCAAGGCGGAGAAAGUCUGUCAAGAACGGACAAAACGAACCUGAUGACGGCGAGCAAACUCACAUCUCUCCAAAUGCGAUCUUUAAGGCGCUGCAGCAGGCCGAUUCUCCAGCAUCGAGUAUGGGCGAGGUGCAUUCUCCUGGAGAGCAUUCAGGUCAGUCCCAAGGCCCACCAACACCCCCAACCACUCCCAAGACAGACCUCCCCUCCAGCAAAGCAGAUCUGAAGCGGGAGGGUCGCCCCAUACAGGAGGGCACCAGUCGUCAGCUCAACAUUGACUUCGGAGCAGUGGACAUUGGCGAGCUGAGCACAGAUGUGAUCUCCAACAUGGGAAGCUUCGAUGUUGAUGAGUUUGAUCAGUACCUGCCACCCCACAGCCAUGCUGGGGUGACCGGUGCAGCCCAGACUGGCUACUCAAGCAGUUAUGGCGUCAGCAGCUCCUCAGUCAGCCAGGCAGCUAAUGUCGGGGCCCAUGCCUGGAUGUCCAAGCAGCAGCAGCAGCAGCAGCACUCUCUGACCACCUUGGGUGGAGGGGGAGAGCAAGGGCAGCAGGGUCAACAAAGAACCACCCAGAUCAAGACAGAGCAGUUGAGCCCCAGCCACUACAGCGAGCAGCAGGGCUCCCCACAGCACAUCACCUAUGGGUCCUUCAACCUGCAGCACUACAGCACCUCCUCUUACCCCUCAAUCACAAGAGCACAAUAUGACUAUUCAGACCACCAAGGGGGUGCCAACUCCUACUACAGCCAUGCAGCUAGCCAAGGGUCCGGCCUGUACUCCACCUUCAGCUACAUGAGCCCCAGCCAGAGGCCAAUGUACACACCGAUCGCUGACACCACUGGGGUGCCCUCUGUGCCCCAGACCCACAGUCCGCAGCACUGGGAGCAGCAGCCCAUUUACACACAGCUCUCCAGGCCCUGAGAAGGCAAGCCUCAGCACUGACUGUAUAAUACCCACCCUUUACAUAAACUUCUCUCUGCCUGGUGGCCUAUGUGUCACCACGCUACACACCCUUCAUUGCCAACAGAAAAACAUGACAAGGACUUUUUUUAUAGUACUGAAAAUAUAUCUUUGGAUUGGCUCACAACAGUGCCUUUUGUAUUGGUUUGAAUUGUGAUUAUAUUUUUUUAGAUAUAAUGUUUUAAAAAGUUAAAUCCUCUGUGAGGACAUUCUGGUUAUAAAUAUUUUAGUAUGUACUGUGUAUGUGUUCUGCUCUUGUUGUCAUCAUCAUCGUCAUAAUCAGUGUCAUCCACAUCCUCAUCAUCAUGAUGUGAAGGUUUAAAACAUCACAAGGAGCAGGAUUGCCGGGUCAAAACACCCUCAGUGGCCUUACUUCUCACUAAUGUAUUUUUGUACAGGGAGUAAGAAACGUGUUUACUGACACUGCCGUCUUAUAAUAGCUUACAUUCUGCUUUGAAUUUUUGUACUGUACAUAUUUUAUUGUAAUUCCCGUGAGAUGCAAGGAUUGAGCAAUGCAGAUUGGAAAAAGAUUUGAAUUUUUGGCCAUGAUAUGACCGUGUCAUCAGUGAAUUAGUCAAAUGUUCUACUUCUUGUUCUUUGCUUUAGCUCAAAUUAAUGUGUUGGAGAUGCUAUAGCAGGUGCCAUGUAACUCUACUAGGGGCCUUACUGUGUUGCUAGAUGUAACUGAGCAAUGCUUGCUUUUAUCUGGGUACUGCCUUGAUACCAUUGGUGCCUGUGGAGCCACAGUAGGGAGGCUCCAUCCGCUGGCAUUGCAGUGUUGGAAUCACGGCAUAGUUCUGACUUCCUGCUGGGGGAGAUAGAGGAAGUGACCUUUGACCUGGUUCUCCUCAGCAGCCAGCAGUCUGGCAUGCUUCUAUCAUUCCUAUAGCUCCAUCCUUUUUCCUAACCUUUUCUUAAUUUAUUCUUUAGCAUUAAUUUUAUUUGAGAAUAACUAUUUGCAAUUGUCUUUUUAAUUCAGCAGCAGCUAACUGAGAUGAAAUGUUUUCAGUGGAAUAUGUUUGCUGUCAUAUGUGGUACAAAUUUUGUUUUAUUUAUCAUUUGUAAAUGUUUCCGUAUAAAAGUUUCCUUUAUUCAUGAUCUAGUUAUGUACAGAUUACUUAUAAUUACGAUAAAACACAAUGGGUCUUUCAAAACAAGAAAAACUGGAAGUUUUCUCUUUUUCUGUCUAACAAAUGAAUUAAUGGUUAUGGAAGCUGUGGCUGUUUUGUAAAGAAUUUGCUGGAAUCAACAGGAUCCUUUUGUUAUUGGAAAAAAAGUUGCGUUCCUCAUUUUAUAUUCUGUAUCAUUAGUUCUCAUUUUCUCAUCUUCUUAAUGCAGUUUCCCUAGGUAAACAUGGCAUUGUCUUAAAAGCUUAUCUUUUGUAUUAUAUUGUUUGCA